CGUCUUCAAUCCGUGCAAAGUGCGUGCCGUUUUCAUCUGUAAGGAAAAUUAUUAAACAUCCAGUGAAAAACUUGAAGUAGUAAUUUAAAAGUAGUGUUAAACUAAUCUCCACAUCCUGUGUUAUUUGAAGUAGGCUAAGCUAGAAGCAUCAACGAAGCAUAAUGGCACGCUACCGAGAAUGGGACCUGCAGUGCAAGGUCUACGUUGGAAAUUUGGGUUCGUCGGCUUCGAAGCACGAAAUAGAGAGCGCCUUUGGCAAAUAUGGUCCGCUGCGUAACGUUUGGGUGGCCCGCAAUCCUCCGGGUUUCGCCUUCGUCGAAUUCGAAGAUAAACGGGACGCCGAAGAUGCGGUUCGCUCCCUGGACGGAACGAGAUGCUGCGGAACUCGGAUCCGGGUGGAGAUGUCCUCUGGACGGUCACGUCGUGACGAUCGAACCCGGCGGCCUCGUCGAUCAUACAGGGCAAGCUCUUCUAUGAAACUUCACGUCAGCAACUUCCGCCACAGAACUUCAUCUAACCAACUUUCUACUACUAGUUCUACUACUACUACUACUACCAGUAGCUCUACUAUUAAGCCUAGCGCAACUAUCAUCAAAUCCACCACCAAAACCACCACCACCACCACAACCACCAAUACAGCCAUCAUCACCACAACCAACCAAAAGACCACCACCUGUUCAGCCUCAACUUCGAUCUCUUCUAGACUUUUAGUAUCGCUUUUCGUCGUCGCGCAAGCCCUUCAACUACUUCAGCCGCUGUUGCGACAUCAUCAUCUAGUCCUACUUCUACUACCACCACUACUACUGCUACUAGAACUACAACAGCAGAGAUCGCCAACGUCAGCACUUCCCCAACAGCUGCUGCAUCGUUCGACGAGCCCAUCGCUGCUGCCGCUGAAAACAAGCACCACUUCCGGAAGCACUUGCUCUCAUCAGCAGCAACGGACAUUUUACAAAUUCAUCCUUCCUACUUGAAAAGGUUCCGAAAUGGCAUUGAAGUGCUGAACCUGAAUCUGAAAAUAAUCUUGAGCGGGAGCCGCUACUCUAGCACAUACAAGAACAACGGCUCCUAGCAUCAGAAAACUUAAACUCUACCGGACUCUGUGGUAGAUUGGUAGCAGCUUUGCCAAUGGUUAUUGGUCAUCGAAGCCACCGCCAUCGACGAUUGUCCACCACCUAAAAAAAAGAAACACCACGGUAGACGAACGCUUCGUCUAUCUUCCCGGUUUACUCUUCCUUGAACCAACAAUCGAAAACCUACAACCAACAUCAUCACACCUCUUCUCGUCAAACAACUCUUCGAGCGCGCAAUCUCCAACGAACUUCUUCAUGACAUCAGCCCUCCCAAUUUGUGUUCGUUCGACCGACCGACAAGCUAAGGCCGCGCGAUCAUCCACCAACAACUACUACUUCUAGUUACUAGUAUCAUCAAUCAGCGCUCCAACCGCUUCUAGAAAUCCAACCUAAAUAGUGCGUAACCGCUAGUAGCAAAAGCGUCUUCGUCCCCUCCAAGCUGCGCGUAAUCAACACACGAGCUACUACAAUCGCAGGUCGAACAUUAAUCUUGGCCUGCGAGUGUCAACUCUAUACCUGGGCCGUCAAGCGCUUCGUUUCGUCCAGCGGAAAAAAGAACAAAACUACAUUACUAAACUACCGCGAUCAACGCCCGUCUGUUAGUAGCCACAACUGCCAACCACAAUCCAGCACACCAUCCUAGCUUUUCCGAGUUUUGAGCCAUCUUCCCCCAGAGGCCGCUACUCUUCCCAUCAAAAAAUCUUCCACACAGCUACAAAACCGCGCCGGCACAUUGUUGCGCAAACGGGAAAAGGUCCCGCUCGCCCCGCCGCUCCCGCACUCGUUCCCGCAGCAUGAGCCGUGACCGGGAGCGCGACCGCCGUAGCCGCAGCGGAUCCCGGGAACGCCGUUAGAGAGGACCGGAAACAACCACUGGACAAGCGAAAGCAAACAAAACUUCGGACGAAUUGAUAAAUUUUCUAUGUCGAAUGCCUCCGAAACGGCGGGCAGACGACGACACUAAACUUUAAGUAAAACAUAACUACUUUACAUAUAUAUUAUUUGAGUUACUUUUAAGUGAAGCUAACUAACUGCAAACACAAACAGGUAGAGUUGUGACGAUCGAGGAUGGAAUCUGAGCAAAACGUUUUGCUUUCUUUUUCUAAUCAAUUCAAUUUGCUUUUAUGUUGUACACCCCCCUUCUUGACCCCUUGAUUCAUUGGUUUUUGUAGCUGAAUACAAAUUUAUCUUUCAAAAGUACAGGUAUUAUGAAGUCCAUUACAAAUAACUAUGUUCAAAUUUGAAAACUUAAAAACCCGCAGAAUAAAACUGUAAAUUCAACUUAAACCUCCAAUUCUCUCGCAAUUUGUAUUAGUUAGAAGAGUCUGUAUGUGCAGAAGAUAGUCUUUAACCGAUAGCAUUUUGAUUUAGGAAACACGCAAGUUUUCGAAUCCACCCACGUUUUUCUUUUCUCACAAAACAAAUCAAACCAGUUAAUAUCAUCAUCGAACUCCUAAACUAAUUGUAAAGAAAAUACAACAAAAAAGAGCAAUUAAGCGAAGAAGUAAAGAAGGAAAACCCGCCUCGUUUUUAUUACACAAAAACGUAAAAUGUAUUUUUAGUUUUUCAAGUUAGAGAUAUAUAAAUACAAGUAAGAUACAAACAAACUAAAUCACAAAUUCAA